AUGCCAUACACUAAUAACGAUAACAAUCAAAUAUCAGAGCUCGACUCGACACAAAAUCAAGAUGUGAAUGCCGAUAACGAGCACGCGAUUGAGCACUCAGCUCAGGAUAUGUUAAAUAACGAAAUAAUAGAAGACGGCGCUAAGCCUCAGCAACCAAGCGACAGCGCGUUCCUAGACCAAUUUAAUCAUGAUGACGGUGGGGAUAACCCAUGGGAUCUUUCAGGAGCCUCACACGCUGCGACUGCGCAAGGUGAUGAUGCUGUCGUACCUGAUUACGAACACGAGAUUGCCCAAGCGGAAACUACUCGGACGAGCAACGCGGCCAAACAUUCCAGCACAACUUCGUUUGCGCGUACCGUGUCUCACGAGGUAAGCUUUAACGAUGACGAGGAUAGCGAGUUGAGCCUGCAGCGAUCGGACACGGACCCUUUCAAGUUCAUGCCACCGAAUGAGAGGACAAACUCAUUUCCCGCCGUACCGCAAAGAGAGGAUGCGACUGAGGACGAAUUCGAUCACCCACCCCCAUCAACUCAAGCCCAAGAUAUCCUGCAUGGCUUGGAGAAGGAUGAUUCAGACACUGACCCCGUUGCACAAUCUGAAUUUCCCGAUACUCUUGGCGAAGACCAGCCCGUCGAUGAUGAAACUGGUGCAAAUGGAAGCUCAUCCCAGCAAUACGUUGGUGGAGAGCUUGUGGGUACUGCAGAGGAGGAGUCGGAUGCUCGAUUCGAGGAGGGUUUACCGUUGAUUCCACAAAGCGAACAGCAUGACCUAGAGAACCAUUACGAACCUGAGGCUCCAGGUCUUGGAGAUGCCUUUACGCAGGAUGAUGUUGAAGAGGGUGAUGACUUUUUCAGCCAAGUAACUAAGGAUGCUUCUCAUCUAGGAGAAGAUGCUAGCUUUGAGCAUACUCUACAGAGGAAAUCCACAUCUAUGGUAAUGGGACAAGUCAUAGACUCUAUGACAAGGGAAGAAGAGUCGAAUUCAGAGCUCCCAUCUCCAGUCAAGGAUGCUACGUCGGAAGAACCAGCGAAUUCAGACACGCCUGCGCAGCGGGCUGUGAACGGUGAUUUUGAAACUCAUUCGAAGGAGGGAGUUGAUACUCAACCGGGACCCGUCGAUAUCGAUGCAAAGUGGGCUGCUGCUUUUGACGAUGACGAGGACUUUCUAUUGGAUUCAACUGCUGAAAAUAAGGAGCUGGAUCCAGCAGAUAUCUUCGGAAGUGACGACGAAGGUUUCUUGGAGGAUACGACUGAGCAGAUGCCAGCGGCACCAGUAGUAUCGAUAUCACAGCCUCAUAUAGCUGCGCAACCUCAGUCGGCAGGCUUAAAUGGUCGUUAUACUCCUGAUAGUUUCCAGCAUCCGGCGCAGUUAAGCCCAAACCCUUAUGCACCAGCCCCCUUUGUCAAUCAAAUGCAACCGCCACAACCUCCUUCCUAUGCGCACCCGGCCACGGCUCCUCCGCCGGCAAUGGGUGGAUUUGAGCCACCUCAAAAGCCAGCUAUGCCUAAAGCUCAAAGUUUUGCUGAUAAGGCCAAAGGCGGGUAUACAUCUCCGUACGAUCUCCCGAUGGAAGUUGUGAAACCGAAGAAGCGGAUUAGUAUGCAGCAACUUCCACGAGCAAACAACGCAUCUCUAGGACCACCAGCCGCGCCCCCAAGGAGUGCGAGUUUGUAUUCCCAACCACCACCGCCGGGAGCUUCGAACGCAAGUUUAUCACCUCCUAGUUCAAGCCAUUCAAGCCAACCGCCGCCACCACCACCAGCGGCAGCAAUAGCCCAGAAGCCUACCCCCCAGUUAAAAUCUAAAUCUAGCUUCUUCGAGGACUUACCUCUAUCGUCGAAGCCCCGGCCCGCGUCACGACACAGUCACCUUUCCGCCUCACCUCAACUUAGCCCAUAUGGACAACCACCACACGGUCCUCUUCCUGGAUCCCCUUUAACAUCGCCUGCUUCCUAUCCUCCUCAUUCCCCCCAAGAGCAAGCAACUGGUAUCGCGUCAUUAGUUGCUCCAGAGCGUAUUAAUCCUUAUGCCUCGGUGCAAUCCAAUUCGCUACCCACGCCAAGUGCGCCUCCCGUCGCGACCUCAAGAUACUCUCCCGCGCCGCCUCAAUUAUCAGUAGCAAACGGUAUUCCACCGCCUGCUUCUAGCCGAUAUUCGCCCGCUCCGCCUUCUGUCCGGUCGUCUAGUGGUGGAUACGCCGCUGUUCCACCCCCGAUGCUCGCACACCAACCACGAACUUCCAGUCCCCUUGCUCACUCUCAUUUUGAAAUCUCUCACGAUAAGCCAAUACCAACUCCUAUGAACGCUGAGGGCACCUCUGAACGUCGAAGCUCAUCUCAGUAUGAGCCUCGUCUCACAAGAGUGCCUUCAUUACCACCAACGCAGGAAGUUGAGGAGGAACAAUCUUUACUACGAUCUCCCCCAGUUGCGCCCAAAGCUCCGUCCGAAUCCAAAUAUAGUCCAAGACAAGUCAGGCAUACUCCUCCGCCUCUUAACUCUCCUGCCUAUAACGCGAUAUCUCCCCCUAAGAGAGCGGUAUCAAGUUAUGUCCCGAUGUCUCCCGCAUCCGUACCACAUAAGGAGGUUAACUUUGUACCACCGCCUCGGUCUCAAACCCAAUCGCCUGGAGCUCUUUAUGGAAAUCGGCCUGGAAUAAGGCCCAUCGACCCUGUCCCUCGGCCGUCUUCCGUACAAGGUGCUUCUUCCCCACGAGAGAUACCGAAUGCGGAUGCAGCUCGACCUGCUGUUAGAGCCCGAGGCAUGUCUCAGCAUCUCAAUCUUGUCCCGCCAACCGAUGGUCGAGAGCAGGACCCCUUAAAGAGAUGGCGAGGUUGUCCCGUCAUUACAUGGGGUGUGGGAGGAACACUUGUGACCUCUUUCCCGACGGAUGUUCCACGAUAUGGCAUUAGUCAGGCGCUCCCGAUGAUCGUACGCAGCCCAGGUGAGGUGAAAGUACGGCAUGUCAAGGAUAUUCAACCGUUGGAAGAGCGUCUUGUCAAAUUCCCAGGACCUUUGAAGGGCAAAUCGAAGAAGAAAGAAACAGUUGCAUGGCUGACGGCUGGUAUUGAUACUCUUGAAAGAAGUCUUCCAAAUCUUUCGUUCUUGCACGCCGUUUCACAUGAGGACAAGAGAGCUGUUGAGCGAGCAUUAUUAUGGAAGAUUCUACGGGUUUUUAUUGAAAACGACGGUCUUCUCGAAGGAAAUCCUACGGUAGAAAAGGCUGUUAGGGAGGUUAUCUCACCUGGUCUUGACACUGAUAAUCCUGAGCUUGCUCCUGCGAUUUCUACUGGAGCCGAUUUGACGGGAAUACCUUCAACUAUAACUACUAUGCAAGCGGACGCCGUCGAUUCUACGACUGUCGAGCAGAUCCGGCACCAUCUGCUAUCCGGUGACCGAGAGAAGGCCGUUUGGGCUGCGGUGGACAAGAGGCUUUGGGGCCACGCGAUGCUCAUUUCGAAUACGAUGCAAAGUCCGGAAUUAUAUAAAAAGGUUGCUCAAGAGUUCAUCAAGAAGGAGGUGAACCAUCCGGGUCACGGAAAUGAGUCGCUCGCGGCCCUUUAUGGCGUUCUUUCUGGAAAUUUUGAGGAGUCGGUAGAUGAGCUCGUCCCAGUUCAUGCGCGGGCAGGUCUUCAGCUUAUAUCUACUUCGGCUUCUAUUGGCGCAUCGCAGGAUGCAUUGGCGGGUCUUGACAAAUGGCGCGAGACACUUGGCUUAAUACUCAGCAACAGGAGUUUUGGCGAUGCUCAAGCUCUACGAUCGCUUGGUAACUUGCUCUCUGGAUAUGGAAGAGCGGAAGCAGCUCACAUCUGCUACAUCUUUGCUAGAAACUCUGCUAUUUUUGGCGGUCUUGAUGACCCUAAUGUUAACUUCGUCCUUGUUGGAGCCGAUCACCGUCGCCAAGCCGACCAGUUCGCGAAGGAGACGGAGGCCUUGCAACUUAGUGAAGUGUACGAGUAUGGGUUAUCCCUUGCGGGAGGCUCAAAUGCUGUUCAGAGUUGCCCACACUUGGCUGCUUACAAACUACAAUAUGCUAUGACCCUUGCUGAACAUGGAUUUAGAGAUAAGGCUUUACAAUACUGCGAGGGUAUCUACAACGCUAUCACUGCGCAGACGAAGAGGUCGCCUUAUUACCACCCCGUUUUAGAGUCUUCCGUAGACGAUCUUAUGAGAAGAUUGAAGCAGGCUCCAAAGGAAGAGUCAUCUUCGUGGAUCCCGAAGCCUAGGAUGGACCAGGUGUCUACAAAUAUGUGGAGCCGCUUCAACAAGUUUGUUGCCGGCGAUGAUGAGGAUGGUUCUGGUAAUGCGGCGUCGGGCGAGGCUGGCGCUGAGUCUGGGCCCUUUUCUCGUCUUGCAGGCGGGACACCGACGAUCAGUCGGUCUCCGUCCGUCUCGAACUUCGACGUAUACGGAAACGGUAACCCAUCACCUACCCUCACAUCCACUAAGGCCGCUUCACGCUAUGCGCCACUAAUAUCUCAACCCUCCAAUAACCCAUACGACCCUAAUGCUUCUUACAAUCCAGCUCCCAGAUCUUCAAUGGAAAGGACCUCGGGCGAGAUUACACGGAGCUCCUUUGAGCUACCAACAAGAAGAGGAUCAGACAUGCAGUCUACAUUUGGAAGUCCCUAUACCCCUAAUCAUAACUCGUCCACUUCUACAUAUCAACCUGCAGCACCGGCCGCUUCUCAGACGUCUCCAUAUAUGCCAGUCUCCCAAGGAUCAGACUCAGCCCCACAACCGACGGGUAUUGGAAUUUCAUUCCCGGGCUACGAUCCAUAUGGAGCCGCACAAACCUCGCCAAACCCUAAUGCUUCUCAGUCGCAACCCUCACCUACGGAGCUGAAACCGGCAGUUUUAGUAAAUGACGCCAACGCGACGCAGGGUUAUCAGCCUCCUUCGUACGGAUAUGAACCGCCAGCGAUGAACUCCUUCGAGGCUCCUACAGGACAGACCGAAAGUUACUCGGGCGGAUACGAACCACCUUCAUACCAACCUUCUGGUUUUGAGCCUCCAUCGUACGAGCCGGGUCCGGGUGGCAACGAAGGCGAUUCUCCCAGUGAGUCGAAGCCUAAAAAGAGCUUUUUCGACGAUGAUGAGGAUGAUAUUCCUGGCCUGAAGUCACAAGGGAAGAGCAAGGCGGAUAUAGACCGGGAGAACGCGGAGAUGGUUAGGAAGAUUGCUGAGGAAGAGGAAAAACGUGCUGCUGAGGCGAAGGCAGCCAAGAAAGGCUGGGGCUUUGGAGGAUGGUUCGGCGGUGGUGCCAAAAAGGAGUCACUCGAACCGGCCAACAAGCCCAUCAAGGCCAAACUUGGCGAAGCCAGCAGCUUCGUAUACGAUCCGGACCUCAAGCGCUGGGUCAACAAGAAAUCGGGAGCUGAGAACACUCCUGUUAAGUCGGCAACACCGCCUCCUCCUCGUGCAGCUGGUACCCCUCCACCGCCGGGAUCUACAUCCGCUCCUCCAGGGGGCUUGGGAAUCCCUCCUACCGGCCCUCCCCGUGCUCAUCUUACGCCUGCGCCUACACUGCUUAGAAGUGCUAUUUCGCACGAUAACCUCAUGGUUCCCGGUGGCGCUCCGCCUAUGAUGCGGUCCGUCUCGGGUCAGAGUACUAGCAGCGCCCCAGGCGGGCCUCCUAGCGCACCGCCUAGCAGGCCGGCUACAAGCCUGAGCAACGCGAGCAGCAUCGACGACUUGCUCGGCGCGGCGGGGCCGAGGAAGGGAGGCAAGAAGGCGAAGAAGACAGGGCGCUACGUAGACGUCAUGGCAAAGUAA